UGCCCCUACUGACGCCCUGCUCCCUGCUUCUGAGCUAAGGCUGUGGAAAGAAAGGCACGAAGCGACAUCUCUGCAAAGCGGAUUGCAAGCUCCAGUCUCAGGAUGCCGUUGUGGCCAAGCUCUGCUCAUGCCGCUCGGAGGGGCUCUCAGCAGAGCUCCUCCACCCAUCUCGUCUUGUGCCUUUUGACAAUUUCAUGGGUCGCCGCCGCCGGGCCUAGAUACUUGUUGACAGCUCCUUUGACCUUCAGACCUGGAACUAGUAUGAGUAUUGGAGUAGCUCUGCUGAAGAACAGCCCACCAGAGGUUACAGUAAAAGCAGAGGUGACCAUUGACGGCAACACUGUACUACGGGGAGAAGCUGUGUUUCAAAGAGAUUCGGUUGGGACACUUGUUCUUCCAGCUCUCCCACUGGGCAGUCCUAUGGGUGAUUAUAGUUUGCUAGUCAAAGGGUAUGCGGAGGGCGUACUGUUGUUUUCUAACCAAACAGACCUUUCAUUUGAACAUAAGAGCUUCUCGGUGUUUAUCCAGACGGAUAAGUCUAUGUACAAACCAGGGCAAGAUGUGAACAUACGAAUUGUUACUUUGCAUCCAGACCUUAAGCCACUCAAUGCUUUAGUAAAUUUGUAUAUUCGGGAUCCUCGGCGCAAUUUGAUUCAACAGUGGUUGGCAGAAAAUGGAAAACUGGGCAUGAUUUCCAAGACAUUUAAAAUAUCCAGAUAUCCUGUGCUGGGUGAUUGGUCGAUACAGGUUGAAGUACAUGACCAAACUCAUUAUCAAACAUUUACUGUGAUGGAAUAUGUGUUGCCAAAAUUUGAAGUCAUUCUAUCAACACCUCUGUUUUACUCUUUGAAAGAUGAGAGUUUCAGUGGUGCUGUCACAGCAAAGUAUACAUAUGGAAAACCUGUGAAAGGGAAAGUAACUGUCACUUGCUUUUCUUCAUCUUAUUGGGACCGGAACAAAAAUAUCACUAAAGUAUUGACGAUUAAUGGAUCUGUGAACUUCACACUUGACAAGCAAGAGAUGCAGGUUAUAACUGUCAAAGAAAGGGAAUGGAACCCACACUAUGUACCACCUGUAGAAAUGAUUGCUGUGGUUACGGAAUCACUUACAGGAAUCUCUCAAAAUGCGAGUACUACUAUUUUUCCAAAGUUGCAUGACUACAUAUUAGAAUUUUCUGGGUAUCCAGGAGCUCUGAAGCCUUCUCUGUCUUUCAUAGCCACACUGAAAGUAACAAGAACUGACAACAGUCCAUUAAGCUCUGAUGAUCGAAAGAAUAACGUCACAAUCUCCAUCAGCCACGAUUUUCAGGCAGAACAGAGUCUUAAUUACUCCGUCCCAGAAAAGGGCAUGAUUCAGAUUGAAUUUCCAGUUCUGGUUAAUGCAACAUUUAUGGAACUUAAGGCCAAAUUUCUUGAUGUUCAAACUCCUUUAGUCAUAAAUGAUGUAUUCUACUCUCCCAGUUCAACUUACCUUGCAAUUAAAAAGAUGAGUCAAGAUGUAAAGGUUGGGACACCUUUGGAGCUGAGCAUUAGAAGCAACAGGCCUGUGACAGAGAUCAGCUACAUGGUGGUGUCUAAAGAACAAAUUGUAGCUGCAGGCAAAACUGAGCUGAAUUCCUCAACCUUCACUUUAACACCUGAAAAUUCUUGGACACCAAUGGCGGGCAUAAUUGCCUACUAUGUUACUGAAAGUGGGGAAGUAAUAAAUGAUGUUCUGAAUGUUCCUGUACAUCAUGUCUUUAAAAACCAGAUUAACAUGUAUUGGAGCAAAGAUAAAGCUAAACCUUCUGAAAACAUUUCCCUUAAAAUCAGCGUAACUGAACUUAAAACAAUCAUUGGCCUUUUAGUUGUGGACAAAAGUACAAAGCUGAUUGGAAAAAAAAGUGAUAUCUCAGAGGAUGCUAUAUAUCAUGAACUAAAUCUGUACAAUACAGCACACUAUGAUAGUGAAGUCCAAAGCUCCUACAGUGUCUUUCAGAAAUGUAAACUCUGGGUGUUGACUGAUGCCAGCCUUCCACGACAUCAUGAACUCAUAGAUGACUAUAGUUUGAUGUAUGAUACUGUAGCAUACGAAGAAUCUACAAACUUUCUAGACAUGAAACAAUCGUUUGCUGAUUUUGGUAAUCCUCAUGUAAGAACAAAUUUUCCAGAGACUUGGAUUUGGUAUGAAAUUACACCAAGUUCUACAGAAGCAGUUGUGAAUGUCACUGUUCCUGAUACCAUUACUUCAUGGCUAGCCAGUGCUUUUGUAAUAUCUGAAAAUCUUGGACUUGGUGUAACAAAAAUACCUGUCAAGUUAGAAGUGUUCCAGCCCUUUUUUCUUUCCUUGAAGCACCCAUUAACUCUUAUAAGAGGAGAGCAGUUUUUAUUGGAAGUACAUCUCUUCAAUUACAUGAAAGAAAACAUUGAGGUUGCAGUGACACUUGAUAAAAGUGAACAAUUUGAAAUUGUUAUUUCUAAUUAUAUAAAUGCUACAGACAACAAACGGUCGGUAUGGGUGCCAAGUGAAAAUGGGAAGACUGUCAUUUUUCCGAUCAAACCAACACAAAUUGGAGAGAUUCCUAUCAAAGUGACAGCAAUAUCAGCCCUUGCAUCUGAUGCCGUCAUUCAAAAAGUGUUGGUGAAGGCUGAGGGAUUAGAACAGUUUUAUUCUCAGACACUACUUCUUGACUUGACCAAAAGAAUUGGACUUGGAGAUUUACCAACUCCUUCAGCAGAAACUUUGAUUUUCACUUUUCCAUCUGAGGUUGUACCUGGCAGUGAAAGAGUGCAAUUCACUAUUGUUGGUGACAUGCUUGGCUCUUCUAUAAAUGGUUUAGCAUCACUGAUCAAGAUGCCUGCUGGUUGUGGAGAACAGAACAUGAUUAAUUUUGCACCUAAUAUUUAUGUUCUGGAUUACCUGACAAAGACAGGAGAGCUGAAGCACAAUACUAAAUCAGUAGCUGUGUCAUAUAUGAGAGAAGGCUACCAAAGAGAGCUUCUCUUCCAAAGAGAUGAUGGCUCUUUCAGUGCUUUUGGAAACAGUGAUCCCUCCGGAAGUACAUGGUUAUCAGCCUUUGUACUGAAAAGUUUAUUUCAAGCUCAACCAUACAUAGAUAUUGAUCCAUAUACAAUGGAGAGAACAGCUGCUUGGAUGGUUAAGCAUCAGUCACAGAGUGGAGAAUUCCUGGAACCUGGAAAAGUAUUAAACACUAAACUGCAAGGGGGCACUAAUAGCACUGUCUCACUUACAGCUUAUAUUACGGCAGCGCUAUUAGAGUAUCAAACAAAUCAGUAUGACAAAAACAUUAGAAAGGCUUUGAACUUUCUAGAAAUGAAGUUAAGUGAAGGAAUAGCAGAUAAUUAUACACUGGCCCUUGUGACAUAUGCCUUAUCGCUGGCUAAGAGCACAGAAGCAAAGAUGGCACUGAACAUCCUGAAUGGCAGAUUAGAACAUCAAGGAGAACUCAGGUUCUGGGCAUCCCCAGCAACUGAACUAUCUGAUUCCUGGCAGCCACAUUCUACUGAUAUUGAACUUGCAGGCUAUGCUCUGUUGUCUCAUGUUAAACAACAGAGGUUAUUAGAAGGAAUACCCAUUAUGAAGUGGCUACUUAAGCAAAGGAACAACCUUGGAGGUUAUUCUUCUACACAGGACACCAUUGUGGCCCUGCAGGCUUUGAGUGCCUGUGCUGUGCAUACUGCCGGCAGUGACAUAGAAAUGGAUGUCAUUGUCCAUUCAACAGAGGAAGAAAAUCCAUUUGUGUACAGGCUUGAUAAUGAAAACCGCUUUGUUCUCAAAAGCAAUGAGAUUGCAGCUACACAACCGGUGGAGGUUACAGUUUUAACCAAUGGCCAUGGCUUUGGAAUCUUUCAGCUCAAUAUUAUGUAUAAUGUGAAAAAUCCGCCUAAGGAUAUGAAGAGUAGAGCGGCACAGAGUGACGAAGCCUUUGACUUGGAUGUUGUUGUGAAGGAUAGCAAAAAUCAUAUAAAUCAUGUAACUUUGAAUGUUUGCACUAGGUAUUUGGGAACUGGCACGUCUUCAACAACUGGUAUGGUUCUUAUGGAAGUUGGAUUAUUGAGUGGUUUUUCUCUGUUACCUGGUUUUGAGCCGCCUGGUGAUAUGAUUAGGAAACUAGAGAAAGAAGAAGGCAAAGUACAUUUAUAUUUGGACUAUUUGAAUGAAACACAGUUUUGUGUGGAUGUUCCAACUGUGAGAUAUUUCAAGGUUGCAAAUACUCAAGAUGCUUCCGUAAAUGUAGUGGAUUACUAUGAACCCAGGAGAAGAGCUGUGAGAAGCUAUAACUCUAAAGUGUUGCAGAGUAUAUCAUCCUGUGACCUUUGUGAAAAUGACUGUGAUUUUUGUGGAAUGAAUUCAGACAGUUCUUCAGAAAUUUUCCUCUCUAGUGAACUGAUUGUAGUACAAAUAAGUCUUCUGUACAUUUGUCUGGUCUAAAAAGGCAUGUAUCCCAUACUACACUUCUAAGAAUAACACUGGACUGCCUGUGUCUGUCUGUCUCUUUCUCAAAAAACAAACAAAUCUGUUUUUAGCCUUUCUGGACAAAGGUAGUCCAGAUGAGGAGGCUUACCAAGUUCUCUCAGUGGAGGCAGAGAUUCAGUUUAUGGUAGACAGCCACUGGUAGCAAUGGAAUGAGAGUUCUGAUUUAGGCAGAAACAAAUACAACUCAUAAGUCUAGAACUCCCUGUAGGAAUUUCCAUCUGAAAGAAAAAAUGAUAUACAUCUAACAGGAAAGGACAUGAUCCUGUCAAGAGAAUCUUUCAGAAAGGACAAUCCACAGAUUAAAAACGGUGUUUUGAAUUGUUUUCUUCUAUACUCAUUCAGUCUGAUUUCACAGUAGUGCCAGCAUGUUCAGGCCAAAUUCUGACUGGUUUGUUAAAAUGAAAACAUUCCCAAAUUUUUGUUUUCUGUAUGUAUAAAAGGUCAGAUUUGUUUAGCAAAAAUAUUAUUCAAUAGUAUAUAUUUUCUGGAAAUUUUAAAAAUUUGAAAUAAGAAAAUAUAGUGUUAUGAAGAGUGCUCUGGUUUUAUUAUAAGAAAAAACUGCGUAAGCCAUUUAGUGAGUUUGAUUUCUGAUUAGUGUUAGGCCUACUACAAUGCAAUUUUAAAUUUUUCAGACUUCAGUAGCACGAGAUCAAGUUCCAGGUUCAAAUGGACUUCACAGAAUUAGUUUUGCUACUUCAGAUUAGGACAGUAUGACUAUCAUUUGUCUCCUUCAUGGUUCUCUAGAAACCAAUCUUGGCAGAUUAAUUGGCACACUAUUAAUUGCAAAAUAGGAAAAAAUUCUAAUUAGCAAGGCAAGUAAAAUGAAGUGAAAAUUUUAGGAAGCAGACACAUGAUAAAAAUGCUGAAAACAACUGUUUCUCAGCUAAAGGAAAAAAGUAUAAUUUUUCUUAUUUUUUUUAAAGGUGAAACUGAUAGCCAAGUUCAGGACUUCUUAAUGUUUCAGCAUUCAUACUUGCCUGAAAUUUGGCAAAUGUUUGGUUUCCAAUAUGAAAUGUACAGUGUGAAAUAUAUUGAUUGCCCCUACUCAGCGGAUCCAGUGAAUGGCUCAGGCACAUCUGGCUUCAGCACGUGAUGUCUGCUUGUCUACCCAGAUCUGCAGGGGAAAAGCAUUAGCAGCUGAUACACUGCAGGACUGAUUCAAGCACUGGCAGUCUGGUUCAAGUGUUGCCUGUUGGUUAUGACUGAAUAUGAGCUCAGAUACUGAGGAAUUUUAAGGGAUUCUGAUUGACAAUUGUAUUCUUUCUUUCUAUCUUUCUUUCUUAAGGUAUAUGUUUUGGUUAGAAAGAAGAGUGCCUUUCAAAGUCGUACGGCACUGUUGAAAUGAAAGCACAAUAAAAUGAGAGUCACUUUCCACAGCUGCUGUAAAACAGGCUAAGAUGGUGUUCAAACAAGUUAUUUUAUUUCUUUAGACAAAGACAAACUCCUCCUUCCACCCCACCAGUGGUAGAGGUGGUGAUAUUUCACUGACAAUCUUAUGCCAGAGUUUCUAGUACAGUACUACAUCUAAAAUUAUUUUCUCCAAAUGCUCAACAUUUGCUGGUUUUUAAAUAUUACAUUGACCUUGAAUUUGAAAUGUGUAUUUCUAGUGUAAAAACUUGCAUAAAAAUGUAAAUCUUUUAGACAUGCUGGCAUUUCUUUUGCUUUAAUUGUGGUGGUCAUCAAAAGCAUAAUUCCAUAAGGUUUUCAGCUGUUAAAUUCUGUCAACACCAUAGCAUGUCAAAUCAGCUACCAAAUCUGUAAAAUACUUUGAGAUAUCAUCUGCCAAAACAAACAAACAAGCAGAUAUAGUGAUCAAAUGCUACUAAAUGUCAAGGACAGGUAUCAUAUAUUCAGGGUAGACAGUAUCUGGAGACAGAUACUGAGACAAGAUCUGGAGAAUAUUACACUGAAUUUUCCGCUUUAUUUGUAUAAUUAUUAUGAGAAAAAUUUCUUGAUUUCUCUUUUUGUUUCAAUAUGUGCAAAUGAUUAGUACAUAUAGUAUGUGUACCUAAUACUGGUCUUAAUUUUGUUUGGUAUUAUUCUGUUCGAUAUGGGUUUUAGAGGAAUGAACCUUGGUGGAGACUACUCAGUUUUUGAAGCUGGAACAUUUUAUUAUUUUUGGGGAAAAGAUGCUAUAGUAAUGAAAAUAAAAAUGUAUAUUGUGAUCACAGGGAAAUAUUCAGAGGAGAAAUAUUCAUUGGAAAAUAUUCAGAGGAGUUUUCAAAAAUUCUUUGGCAGAGUAUUCCACUAGUUCCUAUGGAGUUGGUCAGCUCGUUUGACAAGCUUAGUGAUAGACCAUGUUCACUUGAUAAAAACCAUGUAACAUGAAUAGGAAGGAGAAAGAAAACACUUAACUCCUAACAAAUGUUUCAUUUGCACCAUGCUUGAUAAAUAAAUUUGCAAUUUAUACUGAAAUCUACAAAAUCUUGCUUUUAGCCUAUCAACACAAAAUGGCGCCCAGGGCAAGAAAUGAGUUUUGCGCCCCCAUACCCUCUGCUUGGGCUCCAUUUUUUUGAUAGGCCCUCCCAGUGCCGCUCCUGGACUCUAACUAAGCUCACCAUGCAAAGUGGCAGAGACCAGGCUGCUCCUUCAGCUGGCAGAUGAAAUGAUUGUAGCCAGCCUGCCGGAAGAGGUCUGCGGCGGACCCGAGCAGGUCUGAUGGGACCAAGCCAAGCGGCUCCUGGCAGGCCCAUGGCAGGCUCCUGGCCCCACCACGACCCACUGGCGACUGCCAUUCCCGGCAGCUCCACCUCCAUCGGUGGCCUCUUCCUGCCUCCUUCGUUGGGGGCCGGGGGGUUUGUGGCUUCAGGUGGGUGCACCUGUGACCGUCCCAGCCCCAGGAAAGGGCCACUACCUUCAGUAGAAGGGGAGCGCCUCUCUGCUGGAGGGGUGCGUGGGGGGCAAUGAUCAAAUGGGUGGUGCUUGGGACAUGUGACACCACAUGUCCCUCUGGCAGAUAUGCCCCCGUUAAUAGCUCACCUGUUUAAAUCUCUAGAACUUCCAAGUGUUUUAACACUGGCUGUAUUAUUAACUAUGAAUGCUGCCAAUUCUGCUGCAUUCAGAUAAUUGUGUCUUGCUUCCUAUAUGUGUUCGAUAGUUCUUUUAAUAAUUUUUAGCAAGCUUGAUAUUCCAUUUUUCUACUAUGCAAAUGACUGAAACAUUUUGGAGAGGAUUAGCUCUGUGUAAUAUAAAGGUUUUCUUUAGCAGUUUCUCUGCUAUCGUUGUGUUGACUUUUUGAAAUCAAAACACAAAACCAAACUAUCCUAUGUUAUUAAUUUUACAACUUAUUUCCAUAAACCGACCCUCUGUUGUAGCCAACCUUUGCCCUUUAAUUGAUUGUAUGUAUAAUUGCGAUUGAUUUUUAAAAUAACAGCAUAUUAUGAAUGUGGUCAGAUUGUUCCUGUGUGGGGGGAACAGUCUAGUAAGGGCAACAUAUGCACAAAAGGGGCUAGGUACGCUGUCUAUGGUGUGAACCCUGAACUCAGAAUUAAAUAUGUUUUGUGUGAAUACUGUAUUAGACCAGCCAGUGCUAUCACUCCAAGUUCAAAAGGAAAUAUUAAUAUCCCUUAAAUGCAGGAUCACUACAUUUGUAUAUCAAUGGAAAAUGUUUGUUUUUAGGUGAAGGUACUAUAUGAAAUAUACACACAAAAUCCGGAUUUACGCACAAGAAUUUAAGCUUCCCAAUCCUUAGCAAAGCAGCUUCUGCAGACUUGUCAAACAUCUUAUAAUAAUCCUUCUAUAGGUCUACUUUGUUACAAUGGUCUCACUUUGAAAAGCUUGGGGUAUACAAACUAUUCUCUCAAGAAAAUUACUUGAGAUACAUUUUGUAUUAGUGAGAGGUAAGCCUGCUUUAAAACCAUCUGCUUCCUUGCUUUUUACCAAAACAAUUGGUUAAUACAACAUUUAUGCAAAUAUAUUGUUUGUCCUAGACAGAGGCUAGAAUAGACCUUUUUUAAAGGCUGAAUUUAUAACUUGGAUCUAAGCAGGUCAUCAAUGGUCAGUACUUGGAUGGAAGACCACCAAGGAAGACUAAGGUUUCUAUGCUGAGAAAGGCAAUGGCAAACCAACUCUGCUCAUCUAUUACCUUGAACAUCCAAUGGUUGAGGUUGCCAAGAAUUAGUUGAAACUUGACAGCAUUCAGUUAUUAUUGGAUAAAGGUAAUACUUGUUUAAAAAAAAUGUUGGCCAUUCUUACAAAGACAAGCCUUUUUCCAAUCAAUAAAGCAUUUGAUUAUUA